CAACACCAGAGUAUAACUCACCUUCCUGCUUGUUGUUUUGAUAUAUGGUGCAAUAAUGGAUGAGGAUCUACAAGUCAUGAAGAAAGAUGUUGCCGGAAGUGGCGACACAAAUCUAGACGAACCGGAAGUUAUCAUUACCAGGUUUGGUGGUAACCCGGAUGAACAGGAGCAUUGUCACGUGACUAACAUUUCUAACGGGAAUAUUGAAGAGCAGAGGAAGACGCAACCAGACGAAGUAAGAAUAUCGAUUUCGGAGCCUGAUGAGAAGGAAGAUUUGACAGUCGUUGCCAAUGGCCAACACCAAUCCAGCAAUAACUUACGCAUUGAGGAGGAUGCCCAGGCUCGUAAACAAAGCUGUAGCAGCAAUGGGACUUCCUCGUGGAGGCUUAGCACUUUCCAAGGAUGGACAAUAGACGAUGUGAAGUGGCUAGAAAAGUCGGAGGCAAGAUUUCAAGAAGUGGCCGGAAACAAAGGGCAUAUUACUUUUGAUCAGUUCACCAAAGCGCUUGGACUGAAAAAGACAUCUUUCUACGCGGAGAGAAUUUUCAACCUCCUCGACCAGGACAAGAAUGGCACGAUCGAGCUGGGUGAACUGUUUGACGGUCUACACAUGCUCACUAAGGGAACGCCAACAGAAAAACUCAAGUUUUUAUUUGACUUGUAUGACAAAGAUGGCAAUGGUUAUAUAGAUCAUACGGAACUACGAAAUGUUUUAAAGGCCUGCAUUGAAGAAAGCUCCAUGUCAAUGACUGAUGACAAUUUUGAAGAUCUAGCAGACGCCAUGUUUGCUACGAUGGAUAAAGAUGACGAUGGAAUGAUAACGUUUGAUGAACUGAAAGAAACGCUUGAAAAGCAACCGGAAGUUCUGAAUAAUCUGACGAUAGGUGCUGCACAUUUAUUGCGGCCUGCUGAGACUGACUACAGUGGGGCUUACAGUCGUUAUCUAACGAAAGAUUACCUGAUUAACAACUAUCGCAAAGUGGGUUACUUUUUUGUAUACUGGACUCUCAACAUCGCGCUGUUUGUCCUAGCAAUGUGGCUCUACAGGGACUCGAACAAAUGGAUAAUGGUAGCUAGAGGCGGGGGGUUAUGUUUGAACUUCAAUUGUAUGUGGAUCUUAGUACUGAUGUUACGUAACUGUUUAACCUACAUCCGUAUGACAGUAUUGUCGCACGUGCUACCUCUAGAUCAACAUAUAAUGUUCCAUAAAAUGACAGCAAUCGCCAUCGUCAUCUUCGCUACAGUGCAUACAUUUGCACACAUAGGAAAUGCAGCAAUUGUUGCCGACGUGAAUGUCAUGGAAAUGUGGGAAGUGUUGUUCACAGUGAAGGCGGGGGUUGGUUACGUUGGUGGCAGUGCUUUCAUCACGGGUUGGCUGUUAGACAUCGUCCUUAUAAUCAUUGUGAUUUGUUCUCUACCUUCUGUUAGACGUGGUGGACAUUUUCAGGUUUUCUACUGGACCCAUCUUUUAUAUGUUCCAUUUUGGAUUCUCGUCAUUUUACACGGUCCCCUUUUUUUGGAAAGGGUUUUUUGUUGGGCCCCCGGGAAACACUUUUUCUUUUGGGAGAAAAUAUCAAAGGUAAAAAAGCUUUAAAGUUUAGUGGAAAACAGGGUUAAAACAUUCUUUAAAGGGAAAGUCAAUCUGUUACCAUCCAGGGUAAUACAUUUGGUGAUUGAUCGACCGGUGAGUUUCCGGUACAAACCUGGUGACUACCUGUUUAUACAAAUUCCGGUGAUAGCGACACACGAAUGGCACCCUUUUACCAUUAGUUCGGCACCGGAAAUGGAAGGACAUAUUUGGCUGCACAUUCGUUCAGCAGGUCACUGGACCAACAAACUUUAUGAUUAUUUUGAAAGCCUUGAAGAUUUUGAUUGCGAGGAAGACACGAAGAUAGAGAAAGAAAAUAGCAAUACCUUUCAAGAAUUUGAAAAGGCCUAUGUAAAACGUGCGACCAUGAUGAACUCCAUGACUUUCCGUACCAAAACAACAUCAAAGCGAAAUUGUAACCAUAAAAAAGUUUCAAUAAAGUGUUUUCUGGACGGACCUUAUGGGACAGGGACCAGAGAGGUUUUUGAUACCAACCAUGCCAUUUUGGUUGGUGCUGGUAUAGGGAUCACACCCAUGGCCUCAAUACUACAGAGUGUAUGGUAUAAAUUCAGUGCAACAAGACGAGAAUGUCCACAGUGCCAGCACGCUUGGUUACCUGAUGAAAGCAACAUGAAACUUAAAAAGGUUGAUUUUAUAUGGGUGAAUCGAGAUCAGAAAAGUUUUGAGUGGUUCGUCUCGUUACUGAAGCAAAUUGAGCACGAGCAAAAUCAGCACGAUAUACUAGAAAACCGGAUACAGAUACACAUGUAUAUGACGUCAGCACAGAAGAAAACGGAUAUGAAAGGGAUUGGCUUACAGGUUGCACUUGAUCUCAUGUAUGAAAAAAGUAAGACGGAUCUCUUAACCGGACUGCGAACCAAAACACAACCGGGGAGGCCCGACUGGGAAAAGAUUUUCAAUGACGUUAAGCUUGAAAAUAAUGGAAAAGUGAAAGUAUUUGUAUGUGGUCCACCAACACUUUCCAAAUCAUUGAAACAAAUUGCGACAAAUCAUAAAUUUUCAUUUUCAAAAGAAAACUUUUAAAAUAGAACAUUACCGUGGAUUGUAAAAACAAUGUGAUUGAAGCCAUUACCUUACGUAUAGAUUAUAAAUUGCUUAAAUAUAACUUGACCAUUGUGGAAAAAAGAAAGCAGCUUCUUGGACAACGAAUUAUUUCGCAUCCAUUGCUACAUUUGGAAAUUGCUUACCUGUAUAACGCUCAGCAAAGCACUUUUCGCGUACGUUAUUUCAUUUGGAAAAAUAUAUUUUAUUCUUUUAAUAAAAUAUCAUUACAAGUAGAUGACAUGGAUUGAAUUACAUCUCCCAGAUCUCAAGAAUGUAUCUUUUGGGGCGGAGCUUGAAAACUUUUAAUUAUACAGAAGGAACUGUAUACAUAUUGGGGUGGAGCUUUAAACUAUACCUUAUCUG